AUGAUUGGAAACGAAAAAUCGAGGGAAUUCGCCGAGGAAACUGGAGUCCAAGGCUCCAUACUAGCCGUGACAUUGUUCCUCAAAAAAGCCUACCAAGAGGCAUUCGUGGGUGCCUCUGUUAAGCUGGUCAAGAAAAAGCUCAUCCAAGCCGUUUCUUGGGUAGCUAAAUGGGCCUCCUCAGCGGGUUUCCAGUUAUCACCUUCCAAAAGCAAGUUUACCCACAUUUGUGGUCACAACUAUAGAAUCAGCAAAACCCCGAUCUACAUCGAUGAUAAACGUAUUCCAAAACGAAAAACUAUACGGAUCCUCGGAGUCACCAUCGACCGGAAGCUGUCUUUCAACCAACACUGCGACGGUGUCAAGAGGGACUGUCUCAGUCGCAUUAACCUCCUCAAAUGCAUUGCUGGCCGGCACGCUAACGCCAACCGGGACGUAAGAAUGAAUGUAUGUAACGCCUUUGUGAACUCUCGCCUCACAUACGGACUGGAACUCACCAUACUAGGCAUCCGGACCCUACUAGAUAAAUUCGCCCCCACAUACCAUCGUGCUAUUCGAACCACAUCCGGUCUCCUUCCGUCCACUCCCGCAGAUGCAGCCUGCGCCGAGGGUGGAAAGCUACCAUUCCGUUUUUACAUCAAAAACACAAUUUGCCAUAGAUUGAUCGGUUUCGCCAACAGGACAGCAGGGUCGGACAGGGAAGGCUUUCUCCUCGUCGAAGCCAAUCGCCUUCACCGUGAAACGAUUGACCUGGAGCUUCCACAUAUCUCCAAAAUCCACUGGUGUGGAACCAGGGACUGGAAUCGAACACCAAUGGAAAUAGAUUCGACAGUGAAAAGCAAACACAAAGCAGGUUCGAACCCCGCAGCCAUCCGGAAAACCGUCGUGGAGCUACUGAGGACUAAGUACGCAAAUCACACCGUUCGAUACUCGGAUGGAUCACUCGCGCUAGGGAGAAAACGGCUGCCGCAUAUAUCGCCGCCCGCGACACUCCAAUCAGACCAUCCCAUAGCCGUGUUAACUGACUCAGCCAGCGUUGUCGCCGCACUGGAAUCGGAGAGGCCGAUGCAUCCUGGGAUACAACAAAUAUUCGAGGAUGCCCGACCGGAUACUGCUUUCGUUUGGAUCCCGGGCCACUCCGGUAUACCCGGGAACGAAAAGGCAGACCAACUCUCUGGGUCUGGUCGACUGAUGGAAUUCUACACCAAAAGGGUCCCAGCAGAUGACAUCAAAGCAUGGACUACCAAAAUGCUCAAAGACAGGUGGGCUAAAGAAUGGUACACAACCGGACAAGACAACUCACGUGUGUAUGUUCUGCGUAAAAUAAAGGCCGAUAUCAAAAAAUGGGAAGACCCUAGAGGUCACCGAGAUCAACAGGUGGUCUCUAGAUUGCGAACCGGUCAUACAGCCUUCGCUUACAAUAUGAGUAGAGGGGAUUUUAAGAGUACGAAAAUUCGAGGACUGCUUAUGACAUCCCUGGAAGCAUCAGGGGCGCCCUUGGAGACGAUGUCACGAUCAUAUUCAUGA